AUCUGUAUCCAGCACUGAAAGAUCGUACCAGUUCAUAUUUAGUUAGGUAAAAGUGCUGGCUAUAGGAAUGAAAGUGAAAGUCCCUUGGUGUUAUGAUGGGAAAUCCAGUGCUUUCAUUUCAUAUCCAAGCUCAAAGAUAAACAACACGAAGCAGGAAAAUCCCAGCUUCUACUCACCUGCCAGGCUAUGAAAACAACCCCAUGGGCUGAAACAUCUGCAGAAUAAACUGGAGUGGGAAAGUUAAUAGCUUACAGCUGAAGUCCUCCUCUUGCAAGAUUGCCAGCUGCUGGAAGUGACUUUACUAGGGAACGAAGCAGUCACGGAUCGAAAACUUAGUUUGGAUGCUUGUCAGCUUUCAGAAUAAUACCAAAACGCUGGACGUUUGCAGCAUCUUUCACCUCAGGAGCUCAGACAUCUGAGACCUGAUGGGCUCCCUCCAGAAAACAGCUGUCUGUCUCCUGUUCCUGUCCGUUUCCUCAAGUGCCUCUGACAGCAAACUUGCACCCUUCAACUGCAGUGUUGUCAAGACAGAAUAUAACAAAACGGGAGUAAUUUCAUGUUUUGGCAAAAGUAAGAUUACAAACAUGGUAGUUAAGCACUGUGACAACUGUAAUAAACAGAACUCGUGCUUAGAAACUGUUAUUAACACGUGGAUAAAAAAUGAUUCCAUUGAAAAGGGAAGAAUUCGGUUGGUGCUACAGCACAACGUUUCUGAAGUGCACAUACAGGAAGUUAAAGCAACUGAUCAAGGAGGUUAUCAAUGGCAUAUUUAUUCUGACGAUGGGGAAGACACAGGAUGUGCAACCCUUGAGAUUGCAGCUCCUGAAAUUGAGCCUAGCCUCACCUGGAAUGGAAGAAAGCUCGCCUGCCUGUCACCUACAGGGCAUCCACAAAGGCAGGUCCAUUGGAUUGAUGGCCACGAGAAUAACCUGACGGGCAAUGCAACCCUGGUAUCUGAGGAAGCAGAAGGUGGCUUAACCAGCCUUACCAGCACUCUCCAUGAGACACCCACCUUAACUGCCUCCAAGUAUUGCUGCGCUGUGCUGUAUGAUGUGCACACCAAGAGAAACAAAACCAAGUGCCUCAGUGCUGACAAAGCAGUCACCGAUUACCUUCAUUUUACUUCAACCCCAGAUCAGGAAAUUCCGAAGACCACGAAAGAUCAGGAAAUUCCGAAGACCAUGAAAGAGCAUGUUGCCACCAUUCUAGUGCUCAUUGUUCUGGUUCUCUGCUGUUUUGCAGCUGUUCUAUACUACAGGCACCGCCAGCGAGCAACAGCCAGAGGGAAUUUUGCAGACCUAAUAAAGACUCUCCUUCCAAUUUUGAGACAAAAUGAAAAAGUAGAAGAAAAUGCACCUAACCAAGAAGUGUGAUGGGUGAAAAGAAGAUGGCUCCUGAAUGAAAACGAUGAUCCAGCCUGCACCAAUGCAACUGAAUUUAAGCAAAGCAGUAGAUACAGAAACUCAGACAUUCAGUCCAUACACGCUAAGCAAUCAAACAAUGUGAAGCAACUAGCAUUUUAAUGACUUUUUUUGUCAGACAUCCCCCGUUUUGCAGACUGGGGGCUGCAUUCUCCUCUCAGUUUCACUGGUGUAACUCAGUGGAAAAUGAGGCCUGAUAAUUUGAGCAAAAUUCUUUCCCUCCCUGAAACACUGAUGCUUUAAGGCCUUAUUUUCCCCACUUUUGAUGGAAUCAAAACUUUAUUUCCUACCUUAAUAGCCAGCCCUUUAGGAUAGGCUAAUACGGCAGCUACACGUAUAGAGCAUUUUAUCCCCUGCAUUAUGUAGCAUUAUUAACCUGCAGCCAUCAGGACAGAAGUGCAGUGCACAAUCACGAAGACAUUGUGGUGCAAGUGCCGAUCUAAUUCACCAACCAAAUGCUGUGUUGUGAGGGGACUGCGGAAUUGGGAAACAUCCCCUGACUCUGCACCAACUUCAAUUACUUGCAAGAGUCAUCUGCUGAAUGGACACACUGAAGAGAAAAUGAAUGUGAAUGUGGCCCCAGCUUCACAAUUAGAUUGCAGAAGUUAAUUGCACUGAUUUUCUUCCGACAUAUGAUAAAAAAUAUAGAAAGAAUGUGGGGAAUCUUGUUUUGUGGGCUGACAGUUACCUGGAUUAUUUCACCCUAAAGAAUGAAAGUGUGCUGUGUGUCAAGGCUUUUAAUCAGGUAAUUAAAAUAUCAAUUUAGGACACUAACUUUAGGCAUCCAUUGAAAAAACAUCUUGGCCAUGGAUUUUAUCCAAACGUCUUGCUAUGUUGAAAGACACAGAGAUACCAGCCUUCCUCCCUCUGGCUGAAAAGCUGUGGGAGAUUCCCACAGGGCCAGAUUUUAGUAUUUUUUUCCAAACGCUCUCUGGGGAAAGGCCAGGACCUUUGAAACCCUUCUUUAAAUAAACUUAAUUGAAAAUUGUACUAGUGGUUGCUGGGAAUUGUAGUACCCACCAGGCUUAAACAAGCAGACAUACAGCUGCCUAGGAUGUCAGGGAACCUUGUCCUAGAUAACUAGUGCAUGUUUGGGAGAUGCAGGUUUGUCUUCCUAUGAAAUGUUCACUAUUAGUUGGUAUUAGAGUUAAACAUUAGCCUUCCCUUGAUGGGCCACUGGGCUGAGCUUAUAUUCCUGUCAGGGCCGCCCAGAGGAUUCUGGGGACCCUGGGUCUUCGGCGGUGGGGGGCCCCCGCUUCGGCAGUAAGUCGGCGGCGGGGGGUCCUUCAGUUCCUGGACCCGCCACCAAAGUGCCCCAAAGA